UCCGAAAACCGGCUCUGGUUCCACUUCCUUUAGAGAACACCAGUCUGUGAAAUGGGUCCGACAGGCUGCUGCCGCCGCUGAUUAUGCCCCUCACACGUGUUACAUUUUUCCUGUGUGUUUUUUGAGCCUCCUGAACCCCGCCGCCGGUGUGUUUUUGUGUAGUUAGGUUCUCGGUUGUGAGAGCGACUCUGUGAUUGGCUCAAACUCCAGCAGCAGCAGCAUCUAAUCUAGCUACGUUAUAGUCCUGCGUUGGCUAACGCUAGUUAACCUAGCAGUGAUUAUAGAGGCGCUAGCUAGCCGGGGAAAAGUACCGGGUGAACAGCAGUAGCAGCGCCAGCAGCUCUCGAACUGACCGCCUGCUCCUCGCUCUCUUCUGCCCGGGCCUCUGAAAUGCUGGAGAGCCCAUCUGAGCUCCACCAGACACGCCGCUUCUGAGCUCUGCUUCGUCUGUGAGUUAGCUGAAGCUAGCUUAAAUAAAACAGCUCGGUUUGUUUUGUAGCUUAACCAGCUGCGUGCUGUUCUUCUCGAGCUCCCACAACAAUAGCUUAGCUAGCUCGGCUGGAUCAUGGGGGCAUACCUGUCUCAGCCCAACACGGAGAAAACCUCGGCCGACGGCGGGAACCACAAGCUCCAGUACGGCUUUGCAGCCAUGCAGGGAUGGCGCAUUUCCAUGGAGGAUGCACACAACUGUAUUCCCGAGCUGGAUGACGAGACUGCUAUGUUUGCUGUCUAUGAUGGACAUGGAGGUGAAGAAGUUGCUUUGUACUGCUCCAAAUAUUUACCCGACAUCAUAAAGGAGCAGAAGGCAUACAAAGAUGGCAAACUGCAAAAGGCUUUAGAAGACGCCUUCCUGGCAAUAGAUAGCCGAAUCACCACAGAGGAAGUCAUCAAGGAGCUUGUUCAGAUAGCCGGUCGCCCACAGGAGGAGGCCACAUCAGAAAAAGUAGCAGAUGAAGAUGAUUUGGAUAAUGAAGAGGCUGCUCUGCUGCAUGAAGAGGCCACCAUGACAAUUGAGGAGCUGCUUGUCCGAUACGGGCAGAACAUGAACAAAGCAGCCAAAAAGUCUGGCCAGGAUGCCUCCAAAGAGCCUGAGGAUGCUGAGAAGUCUCACGCAGAGAAGGGAAUAAAUGGCGAGGUGGAAUGUGAGGCCCCUGAAGCAGACAGUAACGGAAAAGCCAAGGCAGGCGAGACAGGAGACGCUGGUGGCUCCAAAAUGAGGGCCUGCAGGAGAGCAGCAGCCUCCAGCGGUGGAAGCUCUGGAUCAGGAGAUUCCUCUGAGGGAGAGAAAGCUGGAGUAACAGGGGACGCUGGCCCAUCCUGUUCUUCCUCUGCAGCACCCGCACCAGGAAGCACAAAGUCCAAGUUUUUUGAAGACAGUGAUGAGUCAGAAGAUGGUGAGGAAGCAGAGGGAGCAAGUGAUGAAGAGGACUGCAGUGAGGAGGAUGGUGAGGAAAGCAGUGAAAAUGAAGAAGAGGAGGAUACUGAGGAGGAAGAGGAAGACACAGAUGAGGAAGAAGAGGAAAUGUGCUUGCCAGGGAUGGAUGGAAAAGAAGAGCCUGGCUCAGAUAGUGGAACUACAGCUGUGGUGGCCCUUAUCCGUGGGAAGCAGCUGAUAGUAGCUAAUGCCGGGGACUCCCGCUGUGUGGUCUCUGAGAGAGGCAAGGCGGUGGACAUGUCUUAUGACCACAAACCAGAAGACGAACUGGAGCUCACCAGGAUAAAGAAUGCAGGGGGGAAGGUGACCAUGGAUGGCCGUGUUAAUGGAGGCCUUAACCUCUCCAGAGCAAUCGGGGACCACUUUUAUAAGAGGAACAAGGCUCUUCCACCAGAAGAGCAGAUGAUCUCCGCUUUACCGGAUGUUAAAGUGCUGACUCUUAAUGAAGAACAUGAAUUCAUGGUUGUUGCCUGUGAUGGCAUCUGGAAUGUCAUGAGCAGUCAGGAGGUUGUGGACUUUGUGAAUGAGCGGUUGAAAACUGAUGGCAGUGAAAACAGGGCAUUGUCGUCCAUUAUUGAAGAGCUGCUUGACCAUUGCUUAGCACCGGACACAUCUGGGGACGGCACAGGCUGUGACAACAUGACCUGCAUGAUAGUCACAUUCUCCCCAAUGACCAGCAGCAACGUGACCAAGAAGAGGAAGCAAGACGAGCAGGUGUCUGAGGAGAACGGCAGUGACAGCAAAAAACCCAAAACUGAAUAGAGCCGCUGUCUGUGAACAUGACGUUCUUUUAACAUUCUUUUGAUGAAGACAGAAUUUGGACCCUCUUUUCUUCUCUGUACACAACUCACUGGAUUUCAUUUUUUAUGGAUUGACUGCCCUUAAAAUGAUGUUUUUAGUUUUAAAUAAUUUGGAGGUGCAGAAAAGAUGAACUGUAAACCAGCUGUUUAUUUUUGGUUCAUUUUUUUCUUUUUGGAAUUAUGUUUAGUAAGCCCGUGUCAUGUCUACUUGGAUGAGUCCAGCUGUAUCUCAGCCGAGGUGUAGCAUCACACAAGAAUCACAUCUGUGAAUCCUUAUGUACUCUGUUUAAUCACAUACCAUUGUAUAUAGUACAUAGUGUUUCCAGAAACCUAUGAAUUUCUUUUUUGAUCUUUGAGUAUUUGUGGCUUUCUCUUGACACCCAUAUGUAAUUGUAUUCAAAUACAUUUUUUGUAAA